AAAAAUUCAAACCUCAUAUGGAUGUGAAAUACAAAUUCCAUGUUCGGCAAAAAUUCAAACCCAAGAUUGAUGUGAAAUGCAAUUCAGACCUUAGGUUGAUGUAAAAUACCAAAACAGUUUAUACUAACUACUAAUCACCACGUUUCAAAUGCAGAGGGCAGAGCAGAGCAAGAGAGAGAGAGGGGCAAAACGCAGAAGAGCAGGAACAGGGGAGCAAUCAGCAGAAAAUCUUCGCAUAACAACAACCAAGACAGAGAGAGCAUGUUAAACAUAUAGCUCGAGACGCAAAAUCUUUCCUACGGCCAGAAACCUCAUUGACCAAGCUUUGAUAUCUCUGGAGAAGAUGAGGAAAACGAUGGUGGAGGCGAAACCCUAGCCGAGUUUUUUUUGCCUUGAACUAGAUUUAAAUAGGAGCUCAGCUGUGGAGCAGAAAAGUAAUUGAAGGAUAUUAGUUCUGAAUACGAGGUACUUGCGCACUGGCCUCUGACAUUAUUUAUGACUCAAUUGGUUACGGUUAACAUAGGUGGAUUCUCAGUAACACGAUGGAAUUGGCGGACAAGACCGUAGGGCUUCUCUUGUGUGUGAUAAGCCUGUCCCUCUUCACUUACUACACAUUUUGGGUCAUUAUACUGCCUUUCGUGGAUACUGAUCAUUUUAUACAUAACUACUUCUUGCCCAAGGAAUAUGCACUCUUGCUACCAGUUUUUGCUGGGGUUUCUCUAUUCAGCUUAUUGUCGGUUUUUAUUGGGUAUGUGAUGGUCAAGUCUAAGAGGAAAUCAGCAUGAGGGGUUACCUCUCCAUUUUUCUUUUGCUGUUCCUUUUAAAUUGAUUACAAGUCCUAUCAUGCUCAUGGCACUUUUGGAUAUUGAGAGAUUUCUACUCAAGGAAAUUAGUCUUUGUUCCUGGUUGUUCUCCUGUGAAUGCUUGUCGUAAUCUUAUAACAGAUAUAUGUUGUUUGUGGGAAGGUUUUAUUGAGAAUGACUGCAUUGUUUGGAGGAGUUCGGAUCGAGAAUAUGGGAAAUUUGCACGAGAUUUGAGCAGCAUAUUGCGUAUUUCCACUACCAUAGUGCGUUUUACUAUGUAAUAUCUGGUUUGUUAUCUUUAUGACUUUUGUCUCUUAAUUAUAUGGCUACAGAAAUAAACUUUUCUCAAUCUCAGUUUA